CCGCAGCAGGUGUUCUCAUAUACGCAGGCAAGAGUAGAUAGGCAUCCAGAAAAGAAAGAGCAGGCAUCAUGAACGCGCCAGACAGGUAUGUCCUGUCUUUCAUAACUCACGUUCUAUUUGCAAGGUGUUCUCUGUACGCGCAGUCCACAGUCCACAAUGCCAGGCCACCGCGAUCUCGAUUGCGUACCCAAACGGUUUGUUCUGUCCUUUCAUCACAAGCGGGUGAAAACAACAAGAUGGUACACACUUGCAUGAGCGCAUGGCACUGGCACCUGAUCACAAAGACCCGCUGCACCAUAUAUAUGCGCCCUCAAAAGUAUGCGAUACCGUGAGAGUCACUACUCUAGCCCGAAAGCCUCACAAGGAACGAACGGGAUAUACCUCAUGAUGAGUCGAAACCCAACGUCUUCCUUCUCACCAAAGAUCGGACAACUCAUCGAGCAAAACCCAAAUUGUGGACUGCGCGACAGCUCAAAAAACAACCGCCAUGUAUCGCACAAAGCUGACCACGAUGAUGAAUGUAGAUUCGAGCUCUUCCUGCUAGACGAAGGUCAGCAAAAGGUUGAGGAGAAAGCAGAGACCCGCGUCCCGAACACCGCCGUCUUCACCUUCAACAAAGAAGACCACACCCUCGGCAACCUCCUCUCGCAGCGUCUCCUCAAGAACCCCGCCGUCAUGUUCGCCGCGUACAAAGUCCCCCACCCACUCUUCGCUACCUUUGAACUCCGCGUCCAGACCGAUGGCACCAUUACACCCAAGGAAGCUGUUAUGGCUACUUGUAAACUGGUUAUCCAGGACUUGUCCAAAUUGAACGAAAGCUUCCAGACUGAGUGGCUGGGCAAGAGGAUUGUGUCCGAGGGUGAGGCGGAGAGGCAGCAGAGGGAGCAGAACAACUUCUAGAGCGUCCUUGGUUAGCUCCUACACCGCAGGGCUGAACGGAGUUUUUAUGGGAAUUGUGUUGUUGCAUGUGUUAGGCGUCUGUUCCUUGAGACAAAGGACAAAAUAUGGCCUGUAAUCACACUUGACGGGCUGGCGUUCACGGUUAAUUGAUAUGACGAUGUAAAAGAGUUCAACUUCGUCUCUUACAUACCCGAUAGAGCUGAGAAGGAUUGAAAUAAUGUAAAACACGUGGCAGGAUUUGUUGGCAACCAACGAACAAUAUCAAACUGCUCUCUGAUA